GCUCCGCUACGGCUAGUGUGUUUUUGACAUCGGGGAACGUAGUCGUGAACUUCGGAGCGGAUUAAAUAUUUUAUUUAUAGUUUUCAAUAUAAUAAAGCGGCGUGACGUCGGUGGACACCUGCACCGCAUCCGGAUAAGACAAAUAUGAGCAUCGCCGCCCUGAUCCGAGCCGCAGAGUACAUCGAGCGGCGGGACAGAGAGGCGGAGCACGGGUACGCGUCGAGUCUGCCGGCGGGCGACGAGGCGCGCGGCCGCCGGCACAAGACGAAGAAGUCGCAAGGCAGCAGGACGACUCAUAACGAGUUGGAAAAGAACAGACGGGCGCACCUGAGGAGCUGCCUGGAGCGGCUGAAGGGCAUGGUACCGCUGGAGCCCGAGGCGGCGCGCCACACUACGCUCGGCCUCCUCACCAAAGCCAAAAGGUUUAUAAAGAGCCUGGAGGAGCGGGAGAAGCGGCACUCGAGCCACAAGGAGCAGCUGGCGCGCGAGCAGCGCUUCCUGCGGCGGCGGCUGGCGCAGCUCCGCGCGGUGGCCCGGCGAGCGCGUUGCUCGCCCUUCGCCAGUGCCAGUGCCAGUGCGCUUGUGCCGCUGCUCGCAGUCGCCAGUGCCAGUGCCAGUGCGCUUGUGCCGCUGCUCGCAGUCGCCAGUGCCAGUGCGCUUGUGCCGCUGCUCGCAGUCGCCAGUGCCAGUGCCAGUGCGCUAGUGCCGCUGCUCGCAGUCGCCAGUGCCAGUGCGCUUGUGCCGCUGCUCGCAGGCGCCGGGUGGCGCACAUAG